CCGUAGAAGGACAAUCAGCAGGCAGUAAAAGAAGCCUUUUGAGCUUCAAAACUUUCCAUUCCAAUACCCAUUCUUAAGAAAGAAGAAAGAAUGGCUCCCUCCAAUUCUCCUCUUAAGAAGAAGGAGAUUGCAUCCUCCGUUGCUCAUUGGGAGGACCUCAACCCUGAAAUACUUGCUUUGAUACUAGUUCGACUCCCACCUGACCAAAGGGUGGGACCCGUGUCGUUGGUGUGCAAGUCCUGGUUGGCAUGCGUUGCUGGACCCUGCUGCUGGUCCCAAAUCGACAUCCAACAAUGGUGUAGGCGGCAGGACCGCUCCGUCGAUCGAGUUGACUCAGUGGUGCGCAAGUUGAUUAAGCGUAGUAAAGGCACAUUUCGUCUGCUGUCUGCUUACAAGCUCGGAGAUGCCGGUUUCGCUUUCGCUGCUAACUGUGGGAGAUACCUUAAGGAACUGCGAAUUCCCAUGAGUGAUAUCACUGACAAGAUGGUGGAAAAGCAUGCUGGAUCACUAACUAAUUUGAUGCUCUUGGACAGUUACUGUUUGAAGAUCACAUGCCAAGGGCUUGUAGCAUUAGGAGAGAACUGCAAAUCCUUAACUCAUCUGAGGAGAAAUAUGCCACCACCAGAAUGGGGGAGGCCAGUGAAGAGAAAUUCUUCACGCUUGAAUGAUUGUGAAGCAUUGGUCAUUGCCAAUACAAUGUCAGGGCUCCAGCUUCUUGAACUUGUUUUUGGCUCCUUUGGAGAUUCUGGUCUUAAUGCCAUCCUUACCAAGUGCAAGGCUCUUUCCCAUCUUGAUAUUCAAGGCUGCUGGGGUGUGGAGCUGAAAGAUGAUCUAGAGGAUAGGUGCCUGCAGCUUCGGUAUUUCAAGAGCCCCUGGAUUGAUGACUAUGUCAACGAAAGUGAUGCGGAUGAUGAUGAAGAAUUUGCUAAUUUGCUUCUACGGAUUCAGAAUCUGAUUAGUCUAGAUUUUAUAUUACACAGAUUACAGAUUUUUGCAGAUACAGAGCCAAAAGUUUCGGUUUCUAAAGCAUAAAUGCUCAAGUUAACAAUUCAAAAAAAAAAAAUUCACUGAUUGAAAUUGGCACC